UUGUAGCAGACGGUACGGUAGGCCUACUGUCAGUAUUUGUUCUUAGCAGAUUAACUUUUACGUCAAUCGACUGAUAGUCGUUGGGACUAUCGUGUUGAAGUUGUGGAAGGGGCGAGAGGCGCGACGAUAAUUUUAUUCUGUUCCUUGAAUGUCAAUACAAUUAUAACUUUGUUCAGUUUUAUCUUAGAUGAAGACAAUUACAUUUAGUUUUAAACAGGUGCUAUAAGAGUUUGAAUUAAUUUAGUUUCUUAAAAUGGAUGCUGAGUCAAGAUCAAUCCUAAGAAAAGUUAUAAUUGAUGUAGUAUGUCUAUUUUGUGUUGGCUUCCCGAUUCUUAUCUUCUUCCUGUGGGGAGUUCCAUACAAGCGGGGUUUCUUCUGCGAUGAUGACUCCAUACGGUUCCCCUAUAAAGAGUCUACCGUUACCAAAGGGAUGUUGUACGCAGUUGGCAUUUGCAUGCCUAUUUGUGUGUUUUUGGCAGUGGAAUGGAUACACUACAAGGAGGGUGAGAGACAAGCGUCUCACCGGUUGAUGGGCUACUCUAUCCAUCCCUGGCUGUGGCGUUGUUAUUGUGUUAUUGGAGUCUUCGGGUUCGGAAUGGCCUGCUGUCAGUUGCUAACAGACAUUGCCAAGUACUCUGUUGGACGACUGCGGCCACAUUUCCUUGCCAUCUGUCAGCCUAACAUUGACUGCAGCUUGCCUGAGAACCAGCGUUUGUAUAUUGAGAACUUCACAUGUAUGGGGACGAAUGCAAAACUAAUAAGGGCCAGCAGGUUAUCUUUUCUAUCGGGACAUUCAUCCUUUGCUGCGUAUACAAUGGUUUUUCUUACGCUCUACAUCCAAUGCAGAGUACACUGGAAGGGAUCGUACUUGCUGCGUCACUUCGCCCAGUUCGUGUGUCUGGCUAUGGCAUGGGGUGUCGCGUUGUCAAGGGUCUCCAACUACAAACACCACUGGAGUGAUGUUCUAGCAGGUUCCCUCUUGGGCACUGUUGUUGCCAUCGUAGUGAAACAGAUCAUCUGCUGGUGUGGCGCUGGGGUGUCUCAGAGCUUAGCACAAUCUACUGAUAACCCAAGGUUGAAUAGUUCGGCCAUUCUGUUGGGCCAAUACUCAGGUGAAGUUCGUGUCAGACCUGAAGCUGGAAGAUACACAUGAGUACUCACCACCCUCGGGGUGUGACCCUGCGCAGAGCAACGGAGGUAUCACCCUCACUACAACUUCAGACCCUUAACUUUCAUCAUUUAAUAAGCAAUAUUGGAGUGAAAUUUUUGAGCACAUAAAAGAAUAAUUAUUGUUACUGUGGAUGUAAACGGAAUAUAUUUUUUUGAGAUAAAACCAAACCAGAGGAAAGUUAGAAGCGGAGUUUAGUCCAAUAUAUGUUGUUAGUUUUAAAACAGCCAGCCAGCUAGUUGCAUGAUGUGGAAUAUUACAAGUAUUUUGUGUUUGAUUUGAAUUAAGAAUUGCACAGGGUGAUAGAAGUGUAGUGGAGUUAAAGAUUUUUCUGACCCAGAAAGAUAUAAGAUGUAAUUGAUAUGAAUUGUUAACACACAUAAUAGUGGAAUAACGAGUGUUUUGAGUGGUUGUUAUUAUUUAAUAAGUCUAGUUUACAUAAAUUGAGAUUUUUGAACAAGAAAUCUUUUUUUAUUUAAUGGUAAUCAAAAUAACAUUAAAAUAUAGUUGUAGUAUUGAAAAUAUUUUAAAGUUGAAAUGAAACUGAUAGUAAGUGAAUUGUUUAAAAAAUAAAUAAUACAAUUUAAGUUUUUAAUUAUGUAUUAUUUUAUUACUUCAAUAAUUUUUUAACAUGUUCCAUCGUUCAGUGAUAUAAGAAAUCAGUGUACAAUUGGAAAUAUCAAAAAAUAUUCUGUUACUUUCACACUCCUCGAUGAUCAAAAAGAAAUUUUCACAAAAAUGUUAAUACUGUUAUGGUUUUUCCAAAUAUUCUGAUAUAUAAAAUGUUCAGCAAUAUAUUAAUACUCAGUAGUAUAAAACAAAAUGAUUUAUUAAAUUUUCCAAAAAUAUUUAUUUAUGAUAAGCAAUUUUAAGUGCAAUAUUGUCAGGUAUAGAGGGCUAGAGCCAGAUUCAAUAAGGGACAGUGGAUAGUGUAGGAAGAGCAAACUUACCUUUACUAAAUUGGAAGGUAAGUUCAUUUUCUUGUCUUAGAAACACUUGGUUGGUUUUCAAACAUAUAACUGUUGUACUGAAACUAUAACAAUUAUUGCAUUGUUCAAAAUUUUAAGUUGAAGCAAUAGACGGGCAUAAAUUAUACUAGAUAAAUGUGUAAACAAUUUUUCUGGAGAAAACUGGCAAUAACACAAACAGUAAUAACAGGGUAGUACUUGGAAUGGGAAAAUAGGAAAUCACUUAAAUAUAUAAAUGAAAUUGCAUAUGGUUAGCUAGGCAUGGUCAAUAUGGAUAUGGUUUAUUCAGAUAGGAUUGAGCCAUACAAACUUUAUUUUUGAACAUUAAUUUUUGAACUGGUACAUACAUAAAUUUUGUCUGCAUUAACAUACUCUUUAAUUGUUGCUGUGUACUUUUUACUUCUUUUCCAUAACUCAAAGCAAGCCUAGAAGUUCUCUGUAAUAAAGCUGUUUAGUUUCCACGAUGUUUCUUUUUUUCACAUCUUUCUAGUGCUUUCCCCUCAUAAUUAUUUUUUGUUAUGGGAAAAAACAAAAGUUGUUGGGGGCGAAAUUUGGCAAAUAAGGAGGUUUUUACAGAAACUUGUGAACAAUCAAUGCUAAAUGUGCUGGUGUGUUGUCAUGGUAAGGAUUUGUGAGUAUAAACUACUAAAAUGUAACCUAAGAAUGAUUAUGCAAAAAGUUAACCCUUAAAAAUUCAAUGACACAUGAUUAAAAUACAACCAUUACAUUUACGUUAUUAACUCAUUGAGUACUAGGUUUUCUACCUCUAUCCCUCUGUUUUAUAAUCAUAUUAAACUGUUGCUAAUUUUGUUAAAUGAUAAUUUCUUACGAUUUAUAAAUAUAAUAAUAGAAAUAUGUGAUAUAUAUGUCUGUAUAUUUACUGUUACAGUGAAAUAAAUUAGGUUCUCACUGGAAUAAUGAUUGAAAUCUCCAAUUCAAUCAAAAUUAGUCCUUCAGGAUAGUCGCUCUGCUCAAAGCUUAAUUCAGAACUGGAUAGUUAUUAAAACGAUAACAAGUCUUAUCAUUAUUUCUAAACUUUUUACCAUGAUAUAAACUCGCAAAAUUCAUGCUGAAUACAUUGUGUUAAUUACAAAAUGUGAACACUCACUAUACUCGUAUGGUUUGUUGAUUGCUUUAUACUGUAUGUAACCAUUAGAGUUCAAUAGCAAUCAAAUAGUGCUACUGUCUUGUUAUUUUUGUUCAAGAAUAGAAUUUUUGUUCACUGGUAGGGUGUCCAGUUAAUCAGUUUAUUGUUUUCAGACGUGGCAAUCAAAGGGUUAAUCCGGUGUUUCUACCGGACAAUACACCCGGAAGAUACCCGGAUAGAUUGGGUGUAUAUUUGUGCCCUUCUUACACUAUCCAGUUUUUGCAUUUUAGUACUGAUAUAUUACUUAAAUAGACUAGUAUUUUCAAUACUCAAAUCAGUAUUAAUUAUAAUCAUUAAAAAACAUGUGAAUAUCAACCAGAUUGCAAUAAUUGAGUAAAAAAAACAUUCAUAUAUGAUAGUUUCCAAUUUUAAAUUUAGUUUUCAUUACAAAUAAUUAAAGUAAUAACAAUUGCGUGGUUACUAAAAAUGAUCGAAAUAAUACAGUUUUUAAAAUUUGUACUUCAAUACCAAUUAAUAUACAUUAUGUAACCAACUUGUAUAUUUCAAAAUACAAAAUUGAACUGUAUUACAUAGUUUUUUAGUUACUUUGAAAAACAUAUUAUCGAAUAAAUAUUUAUACUUUUAAUUCGAGAUUAGAUAUAAGUACUUUAUAAAAUGCCACUGUAGCUAUUAGAUUUUUAUAUUAUUUAUACAAAACAAAGUUCUGAUAGUUCCAUUAUUCCAAAGUAGUCUAUGUGACCUAUUGAUUUAUAAGGAUAUACACUUUAUUGUAUGUUAUCUUUUAUGUAGAGUCUAUUAGGGUAGAAUACAAGUAUAUAUUGUCAAUUACCAAUAGUCUAUUCUUGGUCAGUGUUUUAGAUUGAUCUCUUGCCAAUAAACAUACAGGGUGUAUGAGUACUUAUUGUGAUUCAUAUACCUAACAUGUAAAUUUAUUAGAUACUUUCAUUUACUUAACGUUUUAGAAAUGGUUUAUAACACACACAGUUUUUCCUUUUUACUGCUGCUGUUUAUUAUUUGUAACUUAAUAUUUUUAUAUGUCACAUUGGAUUCAAUUUUAUAUUGUGUCCAUUUGGUUGUAUUUGUGUUGUGCACAUAAUUAAUUUAAGAUUUGAUCUUUUAUCAUUUUGUAGUAUUUAAUUAUGUUAUUUUGUUGAUUUUUUCUUUUUCAAAGUUUUGCUAGUGUUUAUACGUGUUCAUAACAAGAGUUAGUAAUUUUAUUAUGUAUGCUUUGCUUGUGAUGUUAUUUAGUUACCUUGAAACUGUUCUAUGUGGGUGUUCUUUUUUUUAUAUUGUAACUUUAAACAUUUUUUAAUUUAUGUACAGAACAUGUGUUUAAAAAAUUGUAAAUUCUUUAGUUUUAUUUGGAAAUUAAUGAUUUAGUUGUACUAGAAUAUUUUAAUCAGCUAGCUUUGUUCCAUGUAUACAAACUAUUGUUUGCUGAAACCCCAAUAUUGCAACAACACUUAAUUAUUCCCUUUAAAAUGUUUUAUUUAUGAUGUAUUUUAAAUGUUUUACAAGAGCAAUUAAUUUCUUAUUCAAUGCCUUAGCUUUCAACUCAUUGUAUGAUAUAAAAUAACAAAAAUAUAAUGGCACCAAAGUUUUUAAAACAAUCAUCAUGUUGUUAAUACUUACACCAAUAACUUGGCAUUAUAAAAGGAGAAGAAAAGAAAGAUUAAUAUAGAUCUUUGCCUCAAGUAA